AUGGCGCCUGUUGUACCUCCCUCCAACGAAGGGGGACCUAGUUCAGACUCCUCUGACGGAGUUGUGAUAGCCGAUAUUAUCGGCAAAACACGACAUAUCAACAUCUUUGGCGGGUUCACACGAGACAUCGAUACUGUUGCAUCCCGCUUGGAGGAUGCCUCGAAGAAUACAACGGUGCUUGCGCCUGAGAAUAGCGCUAUCAUGCAGUUACCGAGGAAGCCUUGGGAAGACACCAGGGACUACGAUCAGUACGGUGCGAAUGCCUACGAUGGGUCUGAGGGCGAGGACAGGGCACACAAGAACCUGAGGCGGUUUGUCGAGGCGCAUGUUCUACCAGAGAGCCCGUGGCGGGAGAACCAGCGGGUGACCACGCUCGCUGGAAAUACCAUUUGGUUUGAGAACAGAGACGGAAGAAAAGUGAUACAACCAGGCAAUGUCGAAGUAACAAGUGUGGCCGAAACCGUUGCCAACGGCGAGGUAUGGGUGCUUAAGGGCGUCCUCAACUACGCAUAG